GGUGACGAGUAGGCGGGGUCUGUGAGGGCGGGCCCGGGCGCCAGGGUGGAGAGGGGCGGCGCCCGACGCCCGGCCGAUGGUCACCUCAGCUCCCGGGGAUGCGGGAGGUGCAGUCGUCCGAGGUCCAGAGGCAUCCAUCUAAAUAUAAAUCUCUGAGCAGCCAAAGGAGGUUCGGCAUCGCGUGUGGAAUCCAACGUCGUCUCUGCUGAGAGGCACCCGUUUCAAUAAUGUGCGGCGUUCAUUCACUGGAGGACAGACCAGACUUGCUAAUCACAAAUCAGAUCAUGAGAGAGUGGAUGGACAGGUUCGUUCACUCAUCUUUGGACUAAGAUGACGACGGUUGGUUGGAAGAAGUGAUUAUGACUCAGCGCGAGCUCAGACAAGGAAGAUCACAUUAUUUCUUCCGGAGAGCUCUUUAAAACAAGUCGGACGACUGACUUUCCUGAAUGUGUGUGUUUCAAUAUUCAUGGUACAUGGAACCUUGGAUGCAGUUUCAAAAUUGAGCCAAUAUGUCGAAAGGGCAAGACCUUCACAAUGAAUGGAGGCGCCCUGGGAAGUGUUGUCGAGUAGAGGGAUCUAGAAGUACAGUAUGGAUUCCACACAUGACAAACUCCCCUUCACUCAUCGUAAUGGUGGGGCUCCCUGCCAGAGGCAAGACCUACAUCUCGAAGAAACUCACCCGUUACUUCAACUGGAUUGGGGUGCCUACUAAAGCAUUUAACGUGGGUCAGUAUCGGCGGGAUGUACUGAAGACGUAUAAAUCUUUUGAGUUUUUCCUCCCUGAUAACAAGGAGGGUUUGCUGAUCCGAAGACAGUGUGCAUCAAGAGCACUGAGUGAUGUGAAGAGAUACCUGGACACGGAAGGUGGCCAGGUUGGGGUCUUCGAUGCCACAAACACAACACGUGAACGAAGAGAAAUAAUCAUCAACUUUGCAGAGCAGAACGGGUACAAGGUGUUCUUUGUGGAAUCAGUGUGUGAAGAUCCCGAGGUCAUUGAGACAAACAUCGUGCAAGUAAAGUUGGGAAGUCCAGACUACAGCGACUGCAACAACGAUGAAGCAAUAGCUGAUUUCCUGAAAAGGAUAGAGUGUUAUCAGAACACGUACGAGUCAUUGGAUGAAGUGUCUGAUAAGGAUCUUUCUUUUAUUAAAAUCAUGGAUGUCGGGAGGCGCUACCUUGUCAACCAUGUACUGGAUCACAUCCAGAGCAAAAUUGUCUACUACCUCAUGAACAUCCACAUAACUCCGCGCUCAAUCUACCUCUGUCGUCAUGGCGAAAGUGAUCUGAACCUGAUGGGCAGGAUCGGUGGCGACUCGGGCCUGUCCACUCGGGGCAAGCAGUUUGCCAAAUCCUUGGGGAAUUUCAUCCAGGAUCAGAAUAUAAAGGAUCUGAAGGUGUGGACGAGCCAGAUGAAGCGGACGAUACAGACUGCUGAGGCGCUGCACGUGCCUUACGAGCAGUGGAAAGCGGUGAACGAAAUUGAUGCGGGGGUGUGUGAGGAGAUGAUGUACGAGGAGAUUCAGCAGAACUACCCCCGGGAGUUUGCGCUGAGAGAUCAGGACAAGUACAGAUACCGGUACCCAAAGGGUGAGUCCUACGAAGAUCUGGUUCAGCGACUGGAGCCGGUGAUCAUGGAGCUGGAGAGACAGGAGAACGUUUUGGUCAUCUGUCACCAAGCCGUCAUGCGUUGUUUGCUGGCCUAUUUCCUCGAUAAAACAGCAGAGGAGCUCCCGUACCUGAAGUGCCCCCUCCACACUGUCUUAAAGUUAACGCCAGUGGCUUAUGGGUGUAAAGUCGAAUCCAUUUUCCUCAACAUUGAGGCUGUCAACACACACCGGGAGAGGCCGGAGAAUGUGGAUGUUUCAAGACCUCCUGAGGAAGCCCUUGUAACCGUCCCAGCGCACCAGUGACACUAGCUACACCUCCUGUGGCCACUGCAUCCUAACCAGCAGCUCCCACGCCGGCGAACCUCACCACUCAACCUGCUCUUAUUUCAAAUCCAAAAUCAAUCCUGCAAAUGAAAGUUUUUACUUCUGGCUGUUUUACGAACCGUUUAUAAAUAGACGCUGUGGUGCAUUGGAGUCUUCAGAUCAUGCAACAAAACUAACUGAAGAACUCUCUCCGAAAUGUUGCAGCCUCACUAAGUGAGAUUUCUGACACACCUGGGCCUCGAUAUCAGACCUGUGCUUUCUCGCACUGCCUUUAAAGCAGUCACGGUGAGAGCAGCUCAUCGGGUGAAAGUGAGCCAGCAAUCAUGGAAAUAAUACAACUGUUUACAUUUAUCAAUUUAUUUUGUUUGGGAGUUUAAGAUGUCAGGAUUAAUUAUACCUGAUGUAGCUAAACUACUUUCUUGGUAGGGAUCUGUAUAACUCAAUCUUGGGAAAUGUAAUGUUUUGAUGUAAAGUAAUUUAUGUGAACUAACAGGAGUCUUACUCUGGGAGUAGUAACGGUACAUGGUUCUCACAGAGUGAAUGUAACCUUAAUUCUGGUAAAAUACAGUCUUAAUUGGCCCGGACCUUCAGAGUUCCCGGCCCGUUGUAAAGGGCUGCUCAGCAUUAAAUGGCAGUAGAAAUGUUUUUCUUCCAGAUGCAACGAUUAACUUGUAAAAUUGAUCUUACUGUGUUUCAACCAACAGUAUUAUUGUCACACUGUGAUGUUAUUUUCAUUGUUAAGAGUUGUGGCUGUUUAAAUGCCUUUUAAAGCCAUGCUGUGGUUGAAAAAUGUUUCAUUCAAAAGCACUCAGCUCCGUUUGUUUCUCUGGCCUCAAAUGUAAUUUUAAUUAAAAUUUGUAAUAUUUAAA